AUGAAGAGCCGCCAUGCCAUCUCAGCUGCCCUGACCGCAGUGCUCUGCCUGGCCAGCGAAGUUGUAUUUAAUGUCAACGACGAUGUCUUUGCCUAUCCCCAGUACGAUAUUGAAUUUCUAGACCCGUACGUCCUACAAGACGAUGCAGAGGUUCUCCUGAAUUUCAAGAGUGCGGAAGCCAACGCCCCUGCCGCCUCAAGCGAUGCUUCCCAAAUCCAAACCCCGAAACCCUCGUCGCCGUUCGGAGGUCAGGAAACAAUAACCCCAGAUACAUACGAGCGCAUCAUUGCGCAUGGCCGACCAUAUCUCUGCGCUAUACCUGUAGUCAAGCCAACAGGCCAUAAUGAAACGACCGCCGAACCCUCGACAACAGAUCGGGAAAAAGAGCUGGAGCAAGCUGUCAGCCGAGGGGCAGAGUUACUGCAAGGAAUGACGUCGAACCAAUGUCUCUACUAUUCUACUGGAUGGUGGACGUAUUCCUUCUGCUACAAUGCACAAAUCACUCAAUUCCAUGCGUUGCCUCCGGGUACAAAUGGAAGGGUAUGGCCUCCGCAGGAAGAUCCCCAAACGCCAAGCUACGUCCUGGGCAAAUUCAAAGCGCAAAAGCCGGCAGAUGAGCCUGGGAAGGCCUCGGGAAGCAAUGCGCUCUCCACCGAAGUGCAAACCAAAGCCGAGACGAAUUAUCUGGUGCAGCGUCUUGGUGGAGGGACGGCUUGCGACCUGACAGGUAAUGAUCGUAAGGUUGAGGUGCAGUUUCAUUGCAAUCCACAAAUGACCGAUCGCAUUGGGUGGAUCAAGGAGACCGCCACCUGUGCUUAUCUCAUGAUAAUCUAUACACCGCGACUCUGCAAUGAUGUUGCGUUUCAACCUCCGAAGGAGAGCCGGGCACAUUCCAUCAUAUGUCAAGAGAUCAUUUCGCAAGCGGAGGUCGAAGCAUGGGAGGAUCGAUACGAUGCGGCGGCAGCUCCACAGAUUCUCGAGCAAACCGCACCUGAAAAGAUCUACCUAGGCUCAACUGAAGUCGGAGGCAUGAAAUAUGUGGGCAGCGAGGGCAAGAAGUUAGAAAGAGGACGUAUUGUGCUUACUCAAGAUGAAAGAGCAGAGACAGUGGUGAUGCAAAAAGACGGGCACAUUUCCGGUUUAUCCAAGGCCGAGCUGAAAAAGAUGAAACUGGACCCAGACGACGUGGAGACAUUUCGCAAAGAGUUGCAGAAAAUGGCAGGCUCUAAGGAUUGGAAGAUUGAGCGAUUGGAUGAUAUAAACGGACGGACGCAGCUUCGAGGCGUGGUCUCCGCUAAUGACGACGAAGAUCAGAAAGUGGUAAACAAGUCGCCAGAGGAUGACGAAGAAGAAGGUGAUGGCGGUAGCCGGGAGGAGUAUAAAGGAGAACUCUGA